AUGUAAUUUUGGUCAAAUAUUACAAGAAUUGCAAGUAAGAUAAAAGAAAAAUGUUUGAGUCUAAUUAAGCCGCCCGAUCCUUUAUAAGGCUUAAAAGAAUAAUUAUAAGAUAUUAAUUAAAUGGAGGAUUAAUAUUAAGAAAUAAAAAAUAAAUUAGAUGAACUUUCAUUGGAAAGUUAAGAAACAGCAAAUUUGCAAAAUGAAGACAAGGAAAUAUCAAAAGAGAGUGAGAAUUACUAGAUUGCAAUUAAAUAAGGUAAUUAAUUUGGAUUAUUUUAGUCUACUCAACUUUGACAAAAAAAUAAAGGGAAUUUUACAAAUUGCUAACAGAAGAGGAGUACAAUAAAGUUUUAGCAGCUCUAAAAACACCAUAAUAUUCUAGGUUGAAACCAGGUGUUUGGUUAAACGAUGAAGUAAUCACAAUAAAUAUAAUUGUUAGAUUAUAAAUAAUUUUACAAAAUUAUUAGACUUCGAAAAUGGGACUGUCAUCUUAAACUCAUUCUAAUUUGACUUAUUAAUAAAGGCUGAUGAUAAUAAGUUCAAAAGGAUAUCUUAAAAGGCUAAAAUAGAUCAAAAUACUAAAUAAAUACUAGCUCCUUUUAACUAAAAUAACGUACAUUGGUAUACUUUUUAAAUUGACUUCGAAUAAUCAGUUAUCACAAUUUAUGAUAGUAUGAAAAGAAGUAACUAUUCUUAAUUGUUCAACAAUCUUGUAGAAAUGGCAGAGAGGAUUAAAAACUAAGAAUAUGAACUAAAAGUCGCUAAUUGCCCAUAACAAAGCAACUCUCAUGAUUGUGGAGUAUUUACUUUAAAAAACAUAUGGAUAUUAUCGAAAUAUCCACAAGCAAAGUUAUAAGUUUACUACGAUUAAUCAACAAUCUUUUAUGACAGAAUACUAAUUUGCAAUUCCUUAUUACAGUAAAAGAUUUGA